AGUGUUGAAAAAGGUCAUGAUUUCAUGAUUCACAAUCUGAACAGCCGCCGCAAAGGCUUUAGCAUGAACUGACACUGCACAGUGAGGCAGAAAUACUAGAUGUGGAGCGCUGGAUCUAAUCAUUCAGCUGGUCUAGUUUAGGCUCUAAUACCAAUGGUAGUUGAUCAAGCACUAGACUAGAGGAUCUUUGUGAUGCUUGACUGCAAUAAAUGUCAUUCUGUGGCUGGCAAAGGAUCCAAAGAUGAAGAUCUGAAUAAAUCCAUAGCAGGACUCACUCACCAAAAAUGCAGAAAUGAUUAAUCAGCAUAGCAAGAAAACUGUCCACAUUCAGACAGACAAACUGGGUACAUCAUAGAGGCCAGAAGGAGUCAAGAAUAUUUUAUAUUUGUAAUACAUUUCUAGAGACAAAGUUUGGUCAAGAUGUUCUCUGCUCUGAAGAAGCUGGUUGGCUCCGAGCCAACUGCUCAGGUAAAGGACAAGAACAUCCCAGCUGGUCUGCAGUCCAUGAACCAGAGUCUGCAGAGAAGGUUUGCUAAAGGGGUUCAGUACAAUAUGAAGAUAGUCAUUCGGGGAGAUAGAAACACUGGAAAGAGCACUCUGUGGCAUAGGCUUCAGGGUAAGAAGUUCCAGGAAGUGUAUAUUCCCACUCAGGAGAUCCAGGCCACUAGUAUCCACUGGAAUUACAAAACUACUGAUGAUGUGGUGAAGGUGGAGGUAUGGGACGUGGUGGAUAAAGGCAAGGGGAAAAAGAGAAGUGAUACAUUAAAGUUGGAGAAUGAACCUGCAGAGCAGACAGAGGGUGACUUGACUUUGGAUGCUGAGUUUUUGGAUGUGUAUAAGAACUGCAAUGGUGUGAUCAUGAUGUUUGACAUCACCAAGCAGUGGACUUAUAAUUACAUUCUACGUGAGCUGCCUAAGGUACCCACUCAUGUGCCAGUUUGUGUGCUUGGUAAUUAUCGGGACAUGGGGGAGCACAGAGUCAUUUUACCUGAUGACAUCCGUGACUUCAUUGCUGGCCUUAACAGACCUCUUGGCUCCUCUUACAUCCAUUAUGCAGAAUCUUCCAUGAAGAAUGGUUUUGGUUUGAAAUAUUUGCACCGAUUUUUCAACAUUCCAUUCUUGCAACUGCAGAGAGAGACCCUGUUACGGCAGCUAGAAACCAAUCAGUUGGACAUUGAUGCCACACUAGAGGAGCUAACUGUUCAGCAGGAGACAGGGGAUCAGAACUAUGAUAUUUUCCUGGAAAUUAACGACCCUCGUAGUAAAGGCUACAAUUCUCCUGGCCCCGCUAACGGACAGAGUCCGUCAUCUGGUUCGCAAUCUCCCGUAGUCCCUCAGAGUGGAUGCUCCACCAGCAGCUCUAGCCCCUGUAGCCCCCAGCAGCCUCCCAUCCCCUCCCAGAACCUGAAGUCUCCAUCCCCCUCUCCGUCACAUCCUCCUCCCCCUCUCUCCUCAGCUCAAGCGCCUGAUACCUCUCCCUCCCUUUCCCCUGCUCACCCCGGCCCUGCGGUCUCUUCUCUUGCCCAGGCCUCUGCCUCUUCUCCUCAACCCCAGAAACGCAGCUUCAUCUCCAGGCUCUUUGGCUCAGAUCCAGCCCAGGAACCUUCAGCAGUUACGCAGGAGCCAGAGCUGGCAUCUUUACCAACUCCUCCUACAGUUCAGAGUGUGUAUGAUUUUGUGCCAGACGAGGGACUGGACAAAAUCUUCCUGAACGACGGUCUCCCUUCUAACACAAGAUCCACUAUGAAUACCCAGCCCUCUGCUUCAGCCAUUGCAGAUAGUGACAGUGAUGAUGAAGGAAGAGACAGGAACCCCAUGGUCGCUGUGUUCCAGGAUGAUUUGGUCCCAGAUGAUGCAGAACUUGAACCCAGAGCAUCGGUUCCCUGUAAAGACUUGGAUAUCACUCUCUCCAGUGAUGAGGAGGGUCCAAACCUUGCGGUAGCUCAGAAACACCUGGCAACAGUGGAUUCAUUAUCACUGGAAGACAAACCAAAAGCCACAAACACUGAACCCUUGAUCCAGGCCCAAGAAAGUGUCAGCAGUAAAAACUUAGAAACUUCAAUGCUUACCCCCACUCCAGUACAUGCUGCUCAACCAUUGCAACCAGCAUCGCAGUCAGAAGGCCUGGCAGAGCCCAAAGCACAUCUUGGAAAAAAGAAAGGGGGAUCAGCUCAAGCUGAAUCCUCUGACACAGACCCUGACAUCCCUUUGGCCAAACAGAUGCUGUCAUUUGUCAUGGACGACCCUGACUUUGAGAGCGAGGAGGAGGUCAUUAAGAAAGUGCACAAGGACUCUUUUCCUGUCAGAGAUGACCUUCCUGAUCUGUCAGAUGAUGACAUCACCACAGUGAAGAUACCUGAGCCCUUGAAACCUACGGUACUUUCCUUCAAAAGCAAGACUGAUAGUGACCUGUUUGGCCUAGGCAUCGAGGAGAACUCAAUAAAAAGCAAAGACAGCAGCGACGAGCAAGAUGAAAAAGAAAGCAAGCAUUCCAAGGAAAAGAAGAAAAAGAAAAAGAAGACUAAAGAGGAUGAGGAAAAAAGCAGUAAGAAGAAGAAUAAACACAAGAAAAAGGAAAGAGAUGAGGCAGGAGGAACUGGAGAUGACAAGGAGAAAAAAAAGAGAAAAUCACGGAGCAAGAAAACGGAUGAUCUUGAAGCUUUUCUGGCUGGUAAAGAAGGCUCAGUACCAAGAGAGGAGGGCGACUACGAGGAGUUGUAAUGCUCAGUCGUGCACUGUUUGUGCUGCUAAUGUACAUUGCUAUCGCAAGCUUGAAAGAGUUCUUUUCAAAACCAACAAAAAUAUGCUUUCUUAGGCAGCCCAGCAUAUAACUCUUUGAUCUGAUUCUUUUAAUGAUUUCCUGACAGAUUAAGAAAUGCUGCACAGUGGUUUUCUAUUUUCCACUAAUGCACCUACCAUACCGCAGAGGUUGGCUGGGUUGGGGUUGUCUGCACUCCAUGGGCUCAAACUGUAAUAAGUGCAAUAAGCCAUGCAAAACUCCUAAAUCUUGCAUGUUGUACCUUUUUCAUUUUCAGGUGUAAAAGGAACAUUUUUACUUUAUCAUAACCUUUUUUUUUUUUUCAUAAUAUUUACAUGCUCGCCUUUUAUAUGUUUUCUACAUUUCUGUCAUGUUUGGAAAACAUUUCCAAAGUGAACCACUACUACUCCAAGACUAUGUUUUUAAUUAAUUUAAUUGGCUUAUUAGUUGUCUUGUGUAUGUGUAUACAUUGGUAUUUAUGCUCAAUAGAUUUUCUGAGAGCUUGGCUUUGUGUAGUUUUCCUCUGUGUGAAGUGUUUGAAAUAAAUAUGCUGUAUUUUCAUGGUUAUAUGUUUUCCCGAAGAAAAAAAUGUUUUAGGAAUAUAUUGGUUAAAUCUUGCAGAUUUUGUCAAUAAAUGUACAUUAUUAGGCAUUCUUUCAUAAUAGAGGGGACAUUACGGAAACAGGCAUUUCCUUUGUAUGGCUACACCGUCUUUAAAUCAGGAAAUGUCUCAAAGGAGACUAUACUCAAAAUUCAACACUAACAGAGCUCAAGUAGGCCAAAUAUUGAAUGUUUUUGGUUAGAAUAAUAAAAUGUAUCUACAGUACUGUGUAAUUAUACAUUUUAUUUGACUUCUGUCUGUAAUUAUACCAUUUUAAAUUCUGUGUUUGUUUGCCUUAUUUUUUAUGAUGACUGUAAGUGUCAAGAAAGAGCUAUUAUGUCAUAUUUGUCAUCAGACUUUUUUGGCACAAUUAUUUUUCAAUGAAAUUGCAUUGCAGCUAGAAAUCUGAAUUCAAUACAAAAAUAUCACAAUCUUUUUUUGUAAUCCUUUUGCUGUGUCAAUUCUUUUUAGUUUCAUUUUAAAUACAGCAUUAACUGCAUCGCACAUGUAUUCUUACA